UCACUACCGAAUUCAAUGAGGAUUUGAUAUAAAUAAUUUCUUGAAUUGAUGAUGAGUUCAAUUGUAUCUAAAGAAAAUUAAUUCAGUAAAUAAUAGUAUUAAUGACAAUAUGAUUGUGUGUUAUUGCCAACAGAAAAUCAUCUCCCUCUCAAUAUGUGUCACAAGAGCCAAAUAAUCCCAGGCAUUGUCUUCAGAGACAAGGACAUGUCAGGUUUUACCUCCAACCGUAUACCUCCAAACGCUGCUCUACCAUCUCGAACUGCGACGCCAGUCUUCAGCACAAACCCUCGGCCAGUAGGCCAGAGCCGAGGUUUUAAUGGCUUUAUUCCAUUACAAAACAGUUAUGUACCUCUCCAGAACGGUUUCCUGCAGCCAAAUCCAGUCAUGGCUCCACCCAGCAUGCAUUUUGUACCAAUGAGCCAUCAGAAUAUUCAACCUAUUACGCAGAACAUUGAGCCACGUCCGCACAUUCCUGGACAGACAAAUUUUGUACCAGAGGUUAUGUUGCCUAAUGGCAUGAAAAUGUGUCCUGUUGGUCUUCUGAAUGGAGAACUGUUGUACAAAGUUACAACUGCGAACUUUACAGCUCCUCUUCCACCCACCAUCUCCAAGCCAAAGAAGAAAUCUAAAAAAGUAGACGACCAAUACACGGAGCAAACAUAUGUCAAGAAGCCUCUAAAUGCUUUCAUGUUGUUCUCAAAAGAGCAUAGGCAAGCAGUUAAGGACAGAUCUGCCUCAACGAAUAUUGCUGUUAUAAAUGAGACUUUAGGAAAGAUGUGGCAUUUGCUACCAGAGGAGGAGAAAGCUAAAUUCUACGAGCUGGCUGAAAAAGAAAAGCGGCUUCACUCCCAGCAGCAUCCAGAUUGGUCCUGUCGUCACAACUACGGCAAAAAAAGGUAUAAUAAAAGAAUUCGGGACUUAACAACUGGCAGUGUGCAGGCAACAUCAACAUCCGAACUUCAGGACGAAGAACCUGGACAGGUAGACAGUGACGAUGAAGACAGCCCUGCUUCUUUGUCAGUGGAUUCAACAACCGAACAGUUCUCUUUGGAACAAAAAACUCCACCACGAUUGCAAGAUUGAUGCAGCCUGUGCCUCUCCCCAACCUACCUAAUAUUUUUUAUUCUUGUAAAGUGUUUGCUUUUGCUGUUUAAUCAUAGCCUUUUGUUUGAUGUAUAGUGGGACUCAACAGUCACACAUUGUAGAAAAACAAAGUUUUAUUUUUGUAUGAGAAAAGAAUUGCUCCAAUAGUAUUCUUAUACUUUUUUAUGGGACAAAUCACAUUAAAUUAUUUAUUCUCACAUAGUUUUUACACUAGUAAGGCCCGAGCAGUGCCCGCUAUGAGCUCCCUAUUGGUUUUGUAUAUUUUUUUCUUUUAUCAGUAUUAUUUACUCUUAUUCACACACACACAUUGAAUCACAUUUUUGGGACCUAAAACAUGGAUGAAAACUCACCAAACUUUACCACUUCAUUUGGCAAUGGAAAAACAAUCCCAUCUUGGGAUGCUUGGCCUUGGGCUAUGGAAAUUGGCAAGCAUGUGUUGCACCUAGAGAUGUACCAAAAAGGCCAUUGCAGCAAUAUGCUUA